AUGGAUUUCUCAGGCUUCGGUGACAACACUGACCCUACCCGCACUCCCGGCAACUCUUCUACACCCAGCAACACCCCUUCAACAAAUGUAGCUACCACCAAUGUCCCUGACACUCAGGAGUCGCAGAAUGUUCAAGCGGGUCCCUCUGUACCACCGCUAGCUGGAGCCACGGCCCAGAACCCCAUCGACAUUGACGACCCUACUUGGUGGGGCUAUCACAUCCGAUCGCCUAGUGACGCCUACGACGAGACUGAAGACUACGGACUUGGCGAAGAGGUGGCAGACGGUCCGCCUCCUCCUGGACAAGAGGAAGAAUUGCACGCUGGUGAGGAAACUGCCCCUACCAACGCCACAGCAGGCACCUCUCGUCGCUCGGAUGGAAGAACCAACAACCGUUGGUCCGUUGAAGAGGAGUGGGAUCUGCUGCUGGCGUUCCUCGAAAAUCAGGAUGAGAUUACUCGGAGGACCGGGCAGCAGGGCAGGAGUUGGUACCCUUUCCUGCACGGCGUGCUUAGGCGUCGUCGUCCGGAGUGGCGUCACGACAGCGCUGCCAUCAAGGCCAAGCUUCAUCGACUGAAAGAUACCUGGAGGCGCUGGAAGGAGCGCGGCUUCAAUCACUCUGGCGGGGGGCGCCCACGUGGCCUUCCGGCGUGGUAUGACGUGGCGGACGAGAUCUGGGUUGAGCGCCCCGCGGCCGUCCCCCCUGUACUUGCAGGCACUGGUCUCCCACCGGCAGGUGCCACCGUACCGCCGCAGUCCGCGACUGGCGCACCUCCUGCGCACCGCCGGUUCCCAGUCAUUGCUGUGCCACCCGGACCCAUCGCGUCCGCGCCACCUCGUCUACCUGCGACCAACACUACACAGACUACUACGACCCGUCCGACUCGCCCCCGCGCAGCUUCACAGCCCGCUAACCCCGCGGGAACCCAAGGACCUCCAUCGACACCAUACCCCCUUCCGCCGCGCCAGUCGUACACACCGAAGCGGAUCCAGCCCCGCAGCUCACGGUGA